CGCAGUGACAGUUGUUCUGACAGCGCCAAUAUGGACGGUCGUACUUUGGGUGUUUCGUGAGUAAAUAUUAUUUAGUCCCGGUACAGUAAUUGCAAGGAGUGCGGUGUGCUGUUUUUCUUCAAAUCAUCCAUUUGUCGCUAAUCCUAGCCUCAGUAGGAAGAACAAGUGAAAAAUAGCACUGCAGCCGGGGAAGAAUUGAAAAGUACCCACCAAAGUUAAUUAAGACUCGAACAUGGCGUCGGGCGGUGAAAAAAGAUGGAUCGGAAGCGGUGUGUUUAAUCCCCAAAGUGGCGUUGGGUCAGCGAUGCCAGAGUGGAAGAAGGAGCUAAUUCAGCGUCGAAAGAAUCUGGCCAAGUGCAUGACAGCCAUUCCAGGUCAUUCGCAUUCGCAGCAAUGCCAUGGAACAACAGCAGCAAAUUCCACACAAAUACACCGUCAAGUGGGGACGACGGGAAUGAGAAUUGGCGGCGGCGGCACUGCUGGGCAACAGCAGCAACACCGAGGCAGCGGUUCGACGGUUGGUGAAUGCAGAGCAACGGUUCAGUCUAGUUGCGAGAGGGAUGGUGUACGUGUGUCCCAAGCUGUAGCCAGCAAUGGUUCAUCCUGUGUUGCUACCAAAUGCUGUCACGAGGAUAUAUUGUGUGAAGUGCAUCAGAGUGGACGAAAUAAUAAUAAUAAUAGUAAUAUUAAUAGUAGUAGUAAUUUAUCAUCCGGUGGUGAUUUCAAUAGUGAUUCACGAGACAUUGUACAUUUUUGUGAUAAUCGUCAAUUGGAUGAUAAAAUGGUGGCCGUACAGGAGAUGUGUGGUGAAAAGUUGGAGUAUGACACGUCAGAGGAGCUCAAAUAUGGGGCUGGAAUUGUGUCCAAGCUCGUAUCGCGUUUCAUGAGUUACACCAUGAGGGUGUCUGCUGCUAAGGAGCGCCCAAGUCUUGAUAAUUUGAGACGUGCUACGAGUCUCAAUAAUCUUUUGGAUGAUGACAAUGAAGUAGUUGAGGUGCCUCAGAGGAAAAAUGAAAAUGAGACGGUGGCGAGGGAGAUGAUGGGGGAUGGUAAAGUGGUGAUUGAUGAUGUGACUGUGGAUACAGUCAAUAGUGGUGGGGUAAAUUGUGACAAGGGUAUCUAUCGUCAUAGUCGACCACAGAUGGGCACUUAUCAGCACAGUGAAAUCAUGAGACGACGUCAGAUGGGCCGAGGAAAUGAUUCACUGAAGCGUGCAAGAUCUGUAGAUGCUCUGUUGCGUGUGGAGAAUCGUAGUGGCAGUGGCGGUGGAGGUGGUAUGAUGGUGGAUCAGGAUGUUGCACAGGAUGCAAUAGUUGAAGAGAAUUCAUCACCAGCAAAUGGGAUAAUGCCACCAAUUAAUGCUGAUAGUCAUGUAGCGAAUAUUUGCGAUGUCGUCACCAUUGAGGAUAAAAUUGUAAAUGCCAGAGAACGUGGCGAGGCAAAACCAAAAAGACUGAAAUCCUUUAUGGAGGAUCCGGAACGUCCACCGCCGGAUUUGGUGAAGACAACCCUGAGGAUUUUUGAGGCAACAGCCAAUCGUCGUGGACGACCACCGACGUGUCGAAGUGGUGAAGUUGCAGCUAAAGUGGCAUCCUUUAAGUCCAUCAUAUCGCAAGAGAAACCAGCUAUUCUCUAUCCAAAGCCACCUGUGAGUCCCAAAAAGGCUCUUGUGGGCAAAAAUGUGAGAUGUUCUAGUCACAGGGAUGCUGCCAGUAAUGCUGCCGUUGCCACUACGGUCACAGCCAGACCAGCCACAGUUGUUCAGGAGCAUAUGAAUAACAACAGUAAUAAUAAUAAUAAUAAUAAUAAUAGUAUGACAGGAUCGGGAAAAACUGUAACAUCGAGUAUCAAUGUGAUCCAAAGAUCACCUUCCCCACUCGCCAUACGCAUGGAUAUGACGUACAGGAGUGUGAAGAAUUUUUCACCCACCUCACCACAAUCACCCAAGCCGGACCUGAUUAAUGUCUCCCCGCCACGGAGGCAGCAGCAGCAGCAGCAGCCACAGAAGCAGGACAGCAGCAGCAGCCAGCAAGAGAAUGGUAUGACGAUGGGUUCCGAAUCACUGACCAUUGCACAAUUGCCCAGUAAAAUUCAAUCGAUGAAAAUUGAGUCAACAGCUGCUGGACACCAAGUGUCCAGUCAGGCGACGAGUCAGGUGCGAAAAGUGCCAGUGAGGAGUGGAACUGUGAGCUCUACCACGGAAGAAUCUGACACAGAUAGCACAGAUAGUUUCGAUGAUGAUCUAGUUGAUGGGGAUGAAGGGAAUAAUUAUCAUCAUAGUGGUGGCAUCAAGAGGAUAUCUAAGGGUGAAUUGGAGAAUAUAUCGAGAGCUGGUGCAACGACUGAAUUUAAUUUUGGCAGUGGUUGCACAAGUACACCAAUUCGGGAUAAGAGUCACCUGCCAUCAUUGACAAAUGGUGUAAAUUUGAGUAUUCAGCUGAAUAGUCCUGAGGACACGGCUGAUGAUAUUGGGCGGCAGCAGCAACAGCAGCAGCAAGAGGUGAAUUAUUACGGUGAAUGUGUUGUUGGUGAUGUAAAUGGUGGUGUUAAAAUGGUAGAAAAAAGUCCAGAGAAUGGUGUUGUCAAUGAGGAGUCCGUGGACAAGGUCACAGUGGAGACAAAAGAGAUUGUUGAUAUGACACAGUGUAGUGGUGAAAAACAGCUGACAAAUCAGGAAAUUGAGAAGAAUAUGAUCAAUAGGGAGAAGAGUGAAACGAAUGUGACACAGGUGGUGGCAGCACCAAAGUGGACCACCACCAAGAAGAAGCCAUGGAAGGAGGAGCCACAGAAUACAACAAUGGUGUUCAAUUUCAGCAAUCGGAAGGAUGUACCUGAUUACAUUGAGAAUGAUGGUGUUGUUCUUCGUAGGAGACGUGAAAUGCCCAAGCCCGGUGAGUCAGGAUUUGUCCUUCUGGGGGAUGCUCCUCUUGAAACAUCAACAGAUCCGGAUGAUUCAUGGACCAUGGGUCCUCCUUCACCUUGUGAUGUGGAUUUUUCCAAUGACAACGUUAUCAUCAAUGGAAAAUCCAGUUUGAGACAUAAACCAGGCGAUAAUAAGCAGUGGAAAAUUCGCUUCGAUGACUCCCUCACGUCGACAUAUGAAUAUCCAUCGGAAUCAUCUCAGAGGGAGGAAAUGCUGAGUGUGGCGAGCAAUGGAAAGACUGGAUUGAUGGAUGAUAAAUCAUUCAAUUCACCAGCAUAUCAGAAAUUUCUACCACUAGCAGGAUUAGCACCUUUGGGGAAUUACACACCGGUGAAGGGAGGUGCUCUCAAUAGUGACUUUGAGUUGGGUGUUAAGAGAAAUUCUCCCGUGGUGGAGUCACCAGGAAGUGCUACAGGAGGGAAUUGUGCAGGAAUUGAUCAGCAACCGCAACAGCAACAGCAGCAAGUCAAUGGAGAUCUCGAGAGUCUGCAGUACCUCAAGCCAGCCACUGAUGAACAAACAGUGGCUUGGAGUGAAGGGACCAGAGUGACGGAUUUACUUUUCUAACAGAGGGACAGUGAGUGAAGGAAUCCCUGGGGCACAUUCCCGGAGGAUUCUCUUUGCUCAAUUGAGAAGGAUUGACUCAAAUUGAGAAAGAGUGAGAACUAUAUUGCUAUUGAUUUUGUGCAAGAGGGGAGAACCAGAGAGAUUUGGUGUGUUUUUUUUUAAUCCAAUUUGAGUGUAUACCUCAGUUGCCACAUUUGUUUUCUUGCUGGAGAGGAAGAGAAAGAGAGAGAGAGAAAGAGAUUGAGGGAAUAUUCCACUACGACAAAAAGGUCUCUGAACUCUGCCGUAUAGAAAAAAAUAAUAAUAAUAAUUUCAAAUAAUAUCAAACUAAAGAAGUGAAAAAAACACAAUGAGAAUCAAAGAAGAAAAAUUAGUUGUUGUAGUAUUAAAUAAUAUGCAAAAAAAAAAUCGCACGGAACUGAAGGACUAAAGAAGAUGAAUUAAAUGAGAUUUUCGGGAGGGGAGGGGGGCUUCAAUGAAGUUAAAAUGGGAAAAAUUAGUAAAUAAACAUUUACCGAUAAAACAUUUUUUGAUAAAGUCUGUUUUUUUAUAUGAAAUAUUCUUACAGUAAGCGACAUUUAAAUGUGCUUUUUUUCUACGACAUUUACGCGUUAUUGCAAAAUGAUUAUAUAAAAGAAAAAAAAAUACGAAAGAAAUUGAAGCUCUGCCUGAUUUUUUUAUACACGUAAAAUUAGUCGAAUAGAAUUACGAUUAAAUUAAAAAGAAAAACAAAUGUCUUUUUGCAAGAUCGAAAGGAGGAUUAAUUUAAAAAUCACCCAAAGUGAUUUAAAAAAAAAGAAUGAAAGAAAAAAAACACGAAGAACAGGAAAAUACGAAAAUGAAUAUUAAUCAAACUAUUUGUCUAUUCUUAAAUUAAUAUAUUAAGAAUAUUAUUUAUACAUUAUAAGUAAUUAUUAAAAAGAAAAUGAAAUAGUUAUUGUGAUAUAUCGAAAGCAAAUAUGAGUUUAUUCAUAGUGAGAGAUAUUUUCUUCGUGCUUUGUGUAAUUGUGUGCUUGUUUUCUUUUCGAAUGGCAAAAAGGCAAGAAAAGACACUUUUUUUUUGAUAAAAGAAAUAUUCCAAGGUAAUAGAUACGAGAGAUGAAGAGGGAAAGAAAAACGACAAUUUAUACAUUAAAUAAGAAAAUCACAUUCUAACUUGUAGCUAUACCUAAAGAAAAGAAAAAAAAAUUAAAUCACGAGAAAUCUUUUUAUUCUCGUUUCGCCGAUUUUUUUAUUCACUUGAAAUACUAUCAUCUUUAUAAUGGAAAAGUUAAAAAAAAAAGAAAUAAAUCAUAUUACAACAAAGCCAUAAAUAUUAUCAUAAUAAAAUAAAUAAGAGUGCGACAGAAGGGAAGCAAAACAUGAGUAUUCAAUGAAGUGGUUUUUUUUAGCAAGAAAAAAUAAAUAAAACUAUGCAUUUAAUCAAAUAUUCUAAAUGUAAACGAAUAAAAGUAAUUUGUAACUAAAGUGACGAAUUUUGUCACAAUUUUUAUACAUUACCAAUUUUUCCAAUAAUUUUUUUUGAUUAUAAAAAUAAUUACACCCUUAAAAAUCGAUCGACAUUCCACGCGAUUUAGUGUUGUGAAUAUUUUCGACAAAACUGUGAACAAAGAAAUGAUAGAAAUUUUUU